AUGCACCUCCCUCCUCGCCACCCUCUUUUCGAGACGGCAUUAUUUCAGGAUCCAGAGCUUCUCGGGAAUUUGAGCUCAUGUGUACAGUGUGGAUACGCCGGGCCUAAAACACAGCUCAAAGCAACGGGCCUUCCGCCUCAUGUAUCCAUUUUAGGCCAAAUGAGAGCACUGCAAGACAAUACGCUGUCAACUAUCGAAAAGAUUGAGGAAUCCCGCCGCGAAAUUGUGAAGGAUAUUAUUCAUGAGCUGGAAGAGCGUGCUAUCGGCGCUGGAACUCAAGACAUCGAGCAGGAUCCAGAUGACAAGCGAACAGCGCUGCCUACCUUCUUUUGGGCUGGGAGAUUUCGUCGGGUCCCCCCUGACUUCGUUUUUCCUGAGUGCUCUGCCGCGCAUCUUUGGGUGCUAUGGCGCUGCGGGAAUGUUGAGAAGCGUCUACCCCCUCUUCGGCUUCUGGAAGGCGCGGACAUGCCAAAUAGAAACAGCCAGAAGCGCCUCAGUGAUGCCCGGUAUCUGAUGAAUAAGAUCGAGACGUAUGCAGCAGAUAGAAACUUACUUCGAGCUGGCCAGACAGUGUCGGAGGCCAUCAGCGUGUACUCAGCGUGCGCUCCAAGUAUCGAAGUCUCUCGCAGCACUACCCGCGCGAGAAAGCGCCGUCGAGGUCAACUAAGCUGGGUCACGGUAGUCCGCCUUCAUCGUGUUGCCGACAAGCAUAGACGGCAAGAGUCGCAAUGA